ACGCAACCCAGUCGCAAUCCUAUUGUGUGGUUGCUACGGCCGUAGGUCCAACGCAGGACGUCAACAGAGCGCAUCCGCGCAGCCCUCUCUUGCUCUUUUCAGUGCGCGCACGUUGCUGCAGCAAGCGCGGCCGAGCAAUCAAGUUCCCAGCCAUCCGAGGAAACCGCUGCGCACGCGCGGAGCGAUCAUCAACCACGCGCCUACGCCAGUCGUAGUCGUAGCGUAGCAUCCGCGCCACACCAACGCGCCGCAGCGAUCAUCAACACGCCAGGAUCACCGCGUAGCGUAGACGCGCCCCACCACCAACCAUGGUCCAGAUCGAGAUCCCCACCGAGUUCGAGCCCCACAUGGUCGAGAAGAUUAGAAGUGGAGCGCUCGUGCUCUUCUCGCUCCUAAGCUUCUGGCUCAUGUCGUCGGCGAACACGAGCCACCACGCGCAGUUCCAUUAUGAAUGGUAUCCGUCGUUGACGUUUUUUGUGUGGGUCGGCGUGCUGAGCUUCUUGUAUUCGGGAGGGUUGCUGGUCGCGCAGCAUCUCAACAUGCUCGACGGCGAGCUUGGUUUAAGCUUACAACAAAAGGGGCCCUACGUCCUGCUCUUCCUGACGUACACGGCGGCCGUCGCGGCCUCGGCCACUUCCUCUGAUCUGCACCAGGUCUUCGACGUCAACGACGGGCCGGUCUGCCGCUCGCGCAUCUCCAACUCGCGGGCCGAGGCGGGCGCGCACUUCUGCGGCGACUUGGUGGCGGCCUGCGUCUUCAUGUACUUCCUGAGCGCGACGUACGCGCUCACGAUCGCCCUGCGUUCAGGAAUGGGCGGAGGCUUCGCGACGGAAAUGACGGGCGGCGGCGUGACGGACGGCUUCGCGGGGAGCACGGGGUACAACGACCUCGACGCGGCGGCCAAGGCGGACAUGCGUCCGCCCGGCCCGCCGCAGAUGAAUAUCUAAGCAGCUUCUUAACUAGUAUGAACAGACAGAGAGCGAGGGCAGCAGGGCCUCUGGCGGAAGGAGCGGGUGCGGGUUUCCUCGGCCCGGCGUGACCUCCCCGGGAGGUCACAACGGGCGUCAUAGCGCGGCUUCCGAGGCGGCAUACGGGAAUUUGAGUGCCG